UUUAAACCCAUUUUAUGUUUAUUUUUUUAUAUUAGUUUUCAAUUUUCUAAAAAAAAAAACUCUGACCCCUAUAAAUAUAUGUACCUCACUCUCUGCGUCUCUGUCUCCGAUCUUCCAAACCAAUAGAAAAAAAAUCCCUCUUUUUCACACAUAUUUACCGUCUUGCCCUUCUUUCCCCAAUGUGUGCAUCCCUCUCUUCUCCUCUCGCCGCAAGACCCAUCAGCAAUUUCUCUCCGAUUUCGCGACUGAGGAAGACUGCGGUGGCGUCUUUUAAGUCUGCUACCGCCACGGACAAUAACGCGGCGGUGGCCCUGGCGGUGGCGGGGAGUUUGUACGAGACACUUAGGGUGGAGAGAACGGCGUCGUUGAACGAGAUCAAGAUGGCGUACAGGAGCUUGGCCAAGGUAUACCAUCCCGACGCGAUGGGAUCUUCAUCGGACGGAACUGAUUUCAUCGAGAUACGCAACGCAUACGCGACUUUGUCGGAUCCGACGGCGAGGGCCGUGUAUGAUAUGUCGUUACGGGCACGUGCUAGGCGGGUCAGGACUUCGGUGUAUCCGACCCGCAGAUGGGAGACCGAUCAGUGCUGGUAGAAGAUAGAGGAAUCCGAUUCCUAUUAGGACACAGAUGUUGCGAAAAUGUAGGAGGUUUUUACACAUGUCACGUUACGUGGCAAUGUUUUUAGCUGUAAUUUUUUUUUGUUUUAUCCGGGGAAUUGAGUAAAUACACAUCUUUUUUUCUUCCCAAUUUUUCUUUUUUUUUCUUUAUUUUAAAUAUUUCAAGC